GCCGACAAUCCUAUCUGGAGAGCCUAGGCGUCCACAGCAGCUGACCGGCGGGUUCUAGGACCUGCUGGUCCGGGAGCCUCUCCCUGCUCGCCCCGCCCGCGCGGCUCACUCCGGGCCAACUCAGUCGUCCCUCGGCGCCCAUGGGGAAACUGAGUCCAGCUGAGGUCGUGUCCAUGCAAAGGCUGUCGGGGCCCUUACCAUUUCCUGCAGUCGUCUCUUACCUAGUCAGACUUGGGAUCGUUCCGUAGCGUCGGCAUGGGCCCCCAGGACUGACGGAGCUCCGGAACCUGCCGGAGCGGGUAGGCGCUAGGACCCUGCGGGGGCCAGGGGAGGCGGGGCCGCGAGCCAGCGGAAGUGGAAGGGAGCUCUCCGGUGUAGGGAAAGGAAAAGCUCUACGAACACCUCCAAGCCUCCUGGAGUCAGGAAAUAGCUUGCGAGCAGUAACGUCAGGCAGAUAGAUGGCAUCCAGCCGCCAGAUGACCAGAAGCGCCUCCUAGGCCCGUUUAUAUUCCACGUUAAUGAAGAUUCUCCCGGCGGCCUUUGGAAGUCUUGCAGGGGGCCUCUUGAAAAGUGUCACCAAUAUAAUAUGGCCCGAAAUGCACCAUCCCCCUCCCUUCUGCGCUUAAUAUUCACCGGAACGACUUUAGUAGUUGGGGACGGAAAUGUGGCUUACGCUAGUACGUAAAGACGGUGCUGUGACCUGCAUGGGCGGAGCCAGGGUUGCUCCCACUGCAGAGCAUGGGACCCACGCUUUUACUUCCAAGCACUCGGAAGGCUGAAGCAGGAGGAGUGCCGCGGACAGUCUGUGAUACUUAAUGCAACGCUGCCUCAAACCAUCACCAACGUAAACGAGAGUUGUGCCUACCCACAACCUAUUGCCGGAACAGUGUGUUGUAGGACGGAUGUUUGCAGGAGGGACAGGAAGUGUUAGCAAGGCGGAAGUUUCCGGGGGAAGCUUUUGCACCUAGGACACUUCCUGUUUCCUACUAACAAUAGGAAGUAUCCUCGGAGCUUGGGGUAGAAUAGCUGUUCCCUGUCCCCUCUACCUCUUUCCCCUUUCCCCUUCUUCAGUCCCUUUUCCCCUCCUCUACCACUCCCGGGAACCCUGGCCGAGUGUGCGUGUGUGGGAGCGCGGGCGCACCUCAGGGAGCGCGACUGCAGUUAGGUGAAGGGUCCCAGUGCGCAGGCGCGCUCCCGUUCGCGCUCCCCAACGGACGCGCCCGCGGCGGGAACCAGAAGGGGCUGCUGGUGAGAGGUAGGGGUCCUGGAAGGAAAUUGGCAGGAGAGAGGAGUUACGUUAAGAAGACCCUGUUAGUGGCUUAAUAGGGAAGGGGGACUAGGUGAGUAUUCUGGGGCCAGGGUCAGUGAGAAGGGUUAGAGUCGGAAAUAGGAGUUGUAUUGGGGUCCCAUGGGACUCAAGAGUCGGCGAAAGCUCAGAUGUGGGAGGCAUGAAGGGCUGCUACUAGGAAAUCAAGGACUUUGGAAUGAAGACUGCCUUUGUCAUUAGGCUGUUCUAUUUCUUUUGUUGCAAAGCCUGGCUGGGCAUGGUGGCUUACUCUUGUAAUCUCAGCACUGGGAGCCUGAGGCCUUGGCCCUCUACCAAAGGAAGAUGCUGAUACAAGCUGUCUAUUCCUCCUGACCAUCCAAUUUCUGCCACAUUGCUCCAUGGAGGACACACCCCUCUCAUUCAGCUGCUCAGACUGUCAGUGCCACUUUCCUAGCCUCCCAGAAUUGUCACAGCACCGAGAACUGCUCCAUCUCUCUCCCAAACAGGACAGUGAGGAGGCUGACAGUAUUCCUCGCCCUUACCGCUGUCAGCAAUGUGGGCGUUGCUACCGUCACCCAGGGAGCUUGGUCAACCACCGCCGGACCCAUGAGACUGGCCUGUUCCCCUGUACCAUCUGUGGCAAGGACUUUACCAAUCCCAUGGCUCUCAAGAGCCACAUGAGGACUCAUGUUCCUGAAGGCCGCCGCAGAAGCAGGCCUUUACCCCCCAAGGAAAUCACUCCCCACAUGCAGAGUGAGACAAUGUCUCACAGGCUUGGCCCUGGGGAAGGGCAGCAAAAUAAGACAAAGCAUGCAGGAGAGAUACCCAAAUGUGAAUCUGGAGCUGAGUUCAGGGCAGCUUCAGGCCCUUGGGAAGAUACACCCAAAAGACAAAGACAAGUCUUAGAAAGCCAUCCAGGUCCUGAGGCAGGUGGAAAGCAACAGGGGCUCACCACUGACUCUGCCCCAGCCCAGCCUCUUCCUGCUCCCGUCAGCAGCCUCCUUAGCAAUUUGGAACAGUAUUUGGCUGAAUCAGUAGUGAACUUCACAGAGGGUCAGGAAUCUACUCAUUCCCCUCCUGCAGAAGAGGAGCGAAGGUACAAGUGCAGCCAAUGUGGCAAGACGUACAAGCAUGCUGGGAGCCUCACCAACCACCGCCAGAGCCAUACCUUGGGUAUCUACCCUUGUGCCAUCUGCUUUAAGGAGUUCUCUAACCUUAUGGCUCUGAAGAACCACUCUCGACUCCAUGCCCAAUAUCGGCCUUACCACUGUCCCCAUUGCCCUCGUGCCUUCCGGCUCCCCCGGGAUCUGCUAGAACAUCAGCAAUCUCAUGAGGUAGAAAGGCAGGAGAGGCCAUGGGAAGAGAGAGAGAUGCCCACUACCAACGGGCACACAGAUGAGAGGAGUUGGGACCAAUUACCUAAAACACACAUGCUGAAUGGCUCUGGGGAGCUAGAAGGUAGCAUGGAGGAGUACCGGCCUUUCUGUUGUGGGGACUGUGGCCGUACUUACCGCCAUGCUGGGAGCCUCAUUAACCAUCGAAAGAGCCACCAAAUAGGAAUCUACCCUUGCUCAGUCUGUUCUAAACAGUUGUUCAAUGCAGCUGCUCUAAAAAAUCAUGUUCGAGCUCAUCACAGACCCCGGCAAGGAGCCGAGGAAGAUGGGCAGUCAUCAGAGCCACCAGCUCCCCUGAUGUUGGCCAAGACCACCCAUAAAGAAGAGGAGCUCCCCUCUACCACCCUGGACCAUCGCCCCUAUAAGUGCAAUGAGUGUGGUCGGGCCUACCGCCACAAGGGGAGCUUGGUGAACCACCGCCACAGCCAUCAGACAGGAGAAUACCAGUGCUCACUCUGUCCCUGCAAGUACCCCAACCUCAUGGCCCUGCGAAACCAUGUGCAGACACAUUGUAAGAAUGCUUGCCGAAAUACAGACCCGGGGACUGAGGGUUCUCCCUGCCAUAUCAAGGAGGAUCUGCCACCUGACCCAGUGGGAACAGAAGCUGCACACCACACAGAUGAGGGGCAUGGGUACAAACAUGAAGAGGAGGCCACCAGUAAUACCCCAGUAGGUACAAUAGCACCACAGAGAUGUAGCAUCUGUGAGAUGUUCUUUGAAGAUCCUGAGAGUCUUGAACGUCAUGGCCUGACCCACAGGGCAGGAGAAGGGGGAAAUAAGACAGAGACCACAGCAUCACCUCCUAGAGCAUUUGCCUGUCGCGAUUGUGGAAAAAGCUAUCGCCACUCAGGUAGCCUUAUCAACCACAGGCAGACCCACCAGACAGGGGAUUUCAGUUGUGGGACCUGUGCCAAGCAUUUCCACACCAUGGCUGCCAUGAAGAGCCAUUUGCGACGUCAUAGUCGGCGGUGGAGCAGGCAUCAGAAGUGGACUGGCAAUACUGGUGGAGAAGAGGCCAAACUGAAACCUGGGCUGUCCUGGGCUGCAAAGUUAGAAGAUAAUGAGGGCCUGGAUUCUUCCCAAAACCCUUCAGGAGAAAGUCCUUGUGUGACUGAAGGCACCUUGGAAAGUCAUGGGAACUGUUUGCAGACUGCAUAUGGAAGCAACAAAUGUGAACUUGAGAGGGACGAGUCCUGUUUCCAGGGUGAUACAGAGAGCAGAGGCACUGAGAAAGGACUAGAAAGGAAGGAGGCCUGUUUACUUGACAGCUUCCUAGGUGAUGAGGAAAAUGGUGAGAUUCGUUUUUGUGAUAGUCUCCAUGAGGUGGACAGUGACCAGAAACCAGCUACUUGCCAACCCACCUCCUCUUCCCACCCUGCUGAAACUGCUACUGACUGGAAGGCUGAAGAUGCUCAUACCUGCUACGAUUGUGGCCAUUCUUUUCCCCAUGUCACUGGCCUGCUGAGCCAUAGGCCCUGCCAUCAACCAGGCAUCUAUCAGUGCUCUCUCUGUCCAAAGGAGUUUGACUCUUUGCCUGCCCUGCGCAGUCACUUCCAGACCCACAAACCAGGGGAGGCAGCCUCAGCAAAGCCUUUCCUCUGCUGCCUGUGUGGUAUGAUCUUCCCUGGGCGUGCUGGCUAUAAGCUUCACUUACGCCAGGCUCACAGAGCUGCAGGCAUGACUGAGUGUUCAGAGGAGGAAGGGGAAGAAGAAGGGGGAACAGAAGCAGUCUCCACCCAUAGCCCUCCCCUGCAGGUCUCAGAAGCAGAGCUGCUGAAUCAGCUGCAGCGGGAGGUGGAGGCACUGGAUGGAGCAGGUUAUGGGCAUAUUUGUGGCUGCUGUGGCCAGACUUAUGAUGACUUGGGGAGCCUGGAACGUCACCACCAAAGUCAAAAUUCCAGCAAGACCACAGAUGAGGCUCCUAGUUACUUGGAAGCAUCAGGUGAUGCCAUGGAAAUAGUUGCAGAUAGUGCUUUUGAGGGCACGGUGACUUCUGUCUCUGAAGAGGGUAGAGACACAAAGUCUGAAGAAGGAGUAGGUAGUACAAUUGGAGACAGCCUUUGCAUGCAAGUUGGUGAAACUUUUCUCAAGCCCCACCCUCGCCCCUUCCGUUGCAAUCAGUGUGGCAAGACCUACCGCCAUGGAGGCAGCCUGGUGAACCACCGCAAGAUUCACCAGACUGGAGACUUCACCUGCCCUGUCUGUUCUCGCUGCUACCCCAACCUGGCUGCCUACCGGAAUCAUCUGCGGAACCACCCUCGCUGCAAAGGCUCAGAGCCCCAAGUAGGGCCCAUCCCAGAGGCAGGAGGCAGCAAUGAGCCUCAGAAUGUGGUAGAGGAGGGGCUGGAACAAGCAGGAGUGGGGCAACUCCAAGAAGAAUUUAAAGUGGAUCCCCUGGGGGAGGUAGCAAAGGUGAAAGAAGAGGUUUGGGAAGAGACCACUGUGAAAGGGGAGGACCUGGAGCAGAGGUUGGAGACAGCAGAGAAAGGCUGUCAGACUGAGGCUAGUUCUGAGCGACCCUUCAGCUGUGAGGUGUGUGGCCGUUCCUAUAAGCACGCAGGCAGCCUAAUCAAUCACAGGCAGAGCCAUCAGACUGGCCACUUUGGCUGCCAGGCCUGCUCCAAGGGAUUCUCAAACCUCAUGUCCCUUAAGAACCAUCGACGCAUCCAUGCAGACCCUCGGCGUUUCCGCUGCAGUGAAUGUGGAAAAGCCUUUCGCCUGCGGAAGCAGCUAGCUAGCCACCAGCGGGUCCACACAGAACGACGGGGGGAGAACAACCAAAAGCAGAUUCGGGAUGAUCGGCCCUUCCGGUGCGGGCAGUGUGGCCGGACCUACCGCCAUGCCGGCAGCCUCCUGAACCACCGGCACAGUCAUGAAACGGGCCAGUACAGCUGUCCCUCCUGUCCCAAGACCUAUUUUAACCGCAUGGCCCUGAAGGACCAUCAGAGACUGCAUUCUGACAGUCGGAGGCGGCGAGCAGGACGUUCCCGGUGGGCACCAGUGCGCUGUACCCUCUGUAGCCAAGGCUUUCCUGGCAGGGGAUCUUUGGAGCGGCAUCUGCAGGAGCAUAGGGAGACCAAACUCGAGCUGGCCAGUCUCCAGGGAAGCCCACAUGGCACAGAGGGCAGUGAGAGGAAUCAGGCUGACAACCAGAAACUAGAGAGCAGACCAGUUGGUGUUGAAUCAGUUCCCCAGUUGGAGCCCAGUCAGAGCCCCAACAGAGCUGUAGGUUCAAAUUGGGGGGUGGGGAAGGUAGAUGGGUGGCAAGAAGAGGGGGGACCAGUGAAUCACAGCGGUGGCUGGGUUCCUCAGGAUCAAGUAUUAACCAAGCCAGAAGACAAGUUGAGGGGGUAUAGCUCAGGGGUAGAGCAUUUAACUGCAGAAGACAAGUUGGAAGACAGUGUCCCCAGCAAUCCUUGUCACCUUUCCAACAGCCAGUCUAGUGGUUCUGUUUUGAGCUACAUUGAUAGCUGGGACAAUGGAGGUGGCAGCAGCUCUCAGCUCCAGUCAGAGAGUCAGUACUUUCACUGCAGCCAGUGUGGCAAAACAUGUUGCCAGCCAGGUAGCCUCUUGAAUUCCAACAUUCACAAGCCGGAUUGCCACUACUGCCUACUCUGCUCCAAGGAGUCCUUGAAUCCUGUGACCACUGAGGGCCACCACCACAUGACAUCCCAGACUUUUGCUUGCCCUAAUUGUGGCAAGGCUUUUCAGUCCCACUAUGAACUGGUCACACACCUGCAAACUCAUGCUGGGGACCAUAGUCAAGUGUUGCAUCAAAUAGAGAAGGUCCAAGGUUUCCAAACUGGGAGUGUGGAAGAUAAGAUGGGUCUCUCUGGUCCAGAGGAAGCUCAGGAAACCCCAUCAGAGCCUCUCAGAGCUUCAGAAGAGAAUGGUGAGCCAGCCAGUGGAGGGCAAGGAGUAAAUACCACAGCAUGUAAAAACGAGGAACGGCCCUUCCGCUGUGCUCAGUGUGGGCGUUCCUAUCGCCAUGCUGGCAGCCUGCUGAACCACCAGAAGGCCCACACCACUGGCCUCUACCCCUGCUCCCUGUGUCCCAAACUUCUACCCAAUCUGUUGGCUCUCAAGAACCAUGGCAGGACCCAUACAGAUCCCAAACGCUACUGUUGCAGUGUCUGUGGCAAGGCUUUCCGAACAGCUGCCAGGCUGCAGGGCCAUGAGCGGGUCCAUGCACGCCAGGAGGGGCCUUUCACUUGCCCCCAUUGUCCUCGCCACUUCCGCCGCCGAAUCAACUUCCUACAACACCAGAAGCAGCAGCACCAGGAGUGGACAGUGACUAGCUCUGGAGCCUCAGUGGCACCAGCAACUGGCAGAGAGGACUCAUCUUUGCCCCUUCCACCUACUCCUCCAGCCUCGCUCCUGGACCCUUCACCCCAGUGGCCUGCAGACAUCAGCUUCUCCCCCUGAACUUUGUCUCCAAAGAAUAGUAUGUUGGAGAGGUUGCUGUAGGCAAAGAGGGACUUGAUCUCCACAUUUUACUCAGGAGUAGCUUGGGCAUCCCCACCUCUCUCAUCUCCUCACUAAAGGGACCCUGACCUGACUUCUUUCCCAAAAUGGACAUGGGAUAGUCCUCAUGUACCUGUUCUGGAAGGACCUCCUUUCCCAGCCUUUGUCACAUACUGUCCAGGGCCACCCUCACUGGCAGGUUCAGGGGGAGGCAGAUUCAGAGAGCACCACAGGUGAAAUAGUUGCCUGUGGAAGAGCAGCCUUUUGCUACAGUUUGUAACUUAUUUUUUAAAAUCUAUUUUGUAACAAUUUAUUUAAGUUUUAAAAAAAAUUGCUUCCUUCUCCCCCAAAAUUCACAACAGGUGGCUGGUGUGCUUGUGUCUGAGGGAUGGAGGAUAGGGAGAGCUAGGGACACCUCUGUUAGGGAGAAUUGCUGCGUGGGAGCAUCCAUGAGUGACAUCCCUGUCCUGCAGGGUGGGCAUUCAGGGUAGCUUCUGGCCUAUGGCAGGCUUCUUCCCAGCCAAACAAGCUGGUGGGCCUACCCCAGGGUUAAGAACCACAAGACAGGGAGGAGAAGGGCAGGGGUGUUGACAUGGAAGUUGCUUCACUUUUCUGGCGUCCUGUGAGUAAACUAUAGAGUCAACAGUCGACAGCUGGCUGGUUGGCCUGUCAAGAACAGGAAUAAGGGUGAGGUUGGCCCCAUCCUCUGCUUUGCAACUGCCCUUGAAGGAGCAGAAUCCAUCUUGGCCCCUGUGGUCUAUGGGAAAAUUGAAACUCAAAGAGGUCAGGACUUCUCCCUAUAGCCUAUGUAGGUCUGUCCCCUGCUGCUAUCCACCUUAGGCAGGUAGACACAGGUCAGAGCAGCACUGUCCAUAGUUGGAGAGAAGUGGAGAGAGAGUGAGCAGGGUUGCCCCAGGAACACAUACUUGAAUUGGCUAGGCAGCUUUCAGCCUCAGGUUCUGGCUCUUCAGCAAAGUAGACCUGCCAGUCCAAAUUGCUAACCCAGUCCUCAUAGGCAGGGAGUGCUGCAAAAGCUGCAGGCCUUGCAGGGCCUUGGCAGGUGUCUCCAAAGCUGUGCAGUCCAGCCAGGAACCAUGUACCCCUAAUCUCAUGUACCAGUGGUGCCCCAGACAGGCCCUGUCAGGGGAGGUGACAUUGGAUGACUUCCUUUCCUCUUGGGCCCCUCCAGGAGGUGGAAGGAACUAGGCUGUGGGAGCUGAAACUUGGGCGGGUUGAGGGCAGCUAGCAGAAAGGGUUAGUUUCAGGUAAGAGAGAGGGCUAGCAGGCAAGCCUGGCAGAAAGUUUGCUCAUGAACUGUUGUAUUGAGAGAAUGCUAGGGAUCUUCUGGGUAGGGUUUGGGAAAUGAACUCACCUCACAGGGUGGUAGCUCACCCACAACACUGGCACAUACCAUCCCGGGCAGAAUGGGAACACCAUCACCUCCAGCAGCUGCAUGUAGCCGGUUACAGGCCAUUGGUCCCAGGAGUGUCACAGGCACUGCCUGGGGGUAGCUGAUACCUGAAAGGCAAAGACACCCAGCUUCCCCAGUGGCCUUCAAGCUGAAUGGACAGUGGCAGGUGGCCUUGUCCUACAUACCUGCUCCUUGGUGGGCCAACCCCAAAACCCAGCCAUGUUCACCAUCAGGCAGGUGAUGGUCAGCAUAAGGCAAGCAAAGGGGCCUUAUGCUAGGGCCCAGUGCCACAGGCUGAGCCAGCAGCAAUAGUGCUAUAUCAUAGCCACCCUCUGGGUGGGUGUAGGCCCCAUGAAGAAUGAGUUGCUUCAGGCUCUGUUCCUCUGGUCCAGCACCCAGUCCUACACGCCAUUCUUCCAGGGUCUGGCGCCUGUUUAGAGGCAGCAUUGUUAGAUAGCACCGAGUGACAAGACUAGGGCAAAGGGCAUAAAGGAGAGGGACCUAGGGCUCACCCGAUGAAACAAUGAGCAGCAGCCAGCACCACCCCCUCUGACACCAGGGCUCCACCACAGGCCAGCCUCCCUUGGUAUUUCAGCCUGACAUCCCAGGGCCAUGGGGAGAGGCCUCCUGUCUGGGGUCCUUCACUCCUCAAGGAGCCGCAUGCUGAAACAGGUAAAUUACAUCACCUGAAUUGUUAGGUGCUCAUUUUAUACCAGGCCCUAUGCUUAGUGCUUCCUAUAUGCUAACAAAUCUAAUGUCCUUGUCUAAGUUGACUUUUAUUACUCAUUACCAAAGUCUUAUUACCAUAUAGAUUAAAUUGCAUAGCUCUCUAACCAAAAGCAAGUAGCCAAGUUGUAUUCCAGUCAGGCCUACAUUUAAACCGAGAUGGUCUUAACAACACUGCCCCAGCCUUUUAGAAAGUCUCUGAUCCACUUCCUUCACCCCACCCACCUGCAUUUCUUCAGACCUGGACUGGCUCCAGAAUGCCUAGCUCACAAGUGCCUCUCUGAACAUCCAGAACUAGCUUCCUUCCCAGGAAUGAUUUUGCAUGCAAUUUGCAUUCAGUUUCUAUCUUUUUGGUUUUUCAAGGAGGAUCUAAGUCUAGCUCAGGCUGACCUGGAAUUCACUAUGUAGUCUCAGGCUGCCCUCGAGCUCAGGGUGAUCCUCCUACCUCUGCCUCCCAAGUGCUGGGAUUAAAGGCAUGUGCCACCAUGCCCCGUGGCAUUCAGUUUCUUAAUGCCAGAAUUGAGUGGGAGCCUUGCUUUGUCUCAUUUCAUUAGGUUUCUGCCUGGGAAUUUGCAGUUUUUUCCCCCAAAACCAGUCAGGUCUCAAAGAUAUUCUUUCAUGAACCCAAAUUUGUAAAGCUUUGAAGUAUCUACCCCUCAGCCCCAGUGGGCAGUAUCCAUCACAGAGGCAGACAGGGCCUUAAAACAACCUUUAGCAAGCAGUAUUUGAGCUAGUUUGCUUCCCUGUAGCUUCCAUCACUACCCAGAAGUCCUCGUGCAGACUUGACAUCUCCACACACUCCACCCCUAUACUCCCUCUUCAUACCUACACAGCUGUCCUCAUCACUGGUCUCCAUAAUCCCUGGAUCCUGGACCAGGAAAGCUGCCCCCUGAGCUCGGGACUGCAGCCAGGAGCUGUGAGCAGUCAUAUCAGUCAGCAGCACAGGGGUGUCCUCUUGGGCACAUCUUGAUGUGAAGCUGAUGAUCCCAACUUGGACCCAGUGUCCAUCAGGUUCACGGCACAACACAGGGCCACCAGAAUCCCCCUGGGGCCACGCAAGAGAGCCAAAGACAUGAGCCCUAGCCCUGGCCAAACACACUCUGGCUGUAGCACUGCCACCCUUGUCUGAAUUGAGCCCUCAGCCCAAAACCAGAUCUUCCCUUCCUCUGCUCCCCAUCACACCUGGCAGGGUCCCUGCACCCCAGGCUGGGCACCCCCACACAGCAUCCCAGGCCUGGCUGGGCUGGCCAGUAGCCGCUGGUGCAGGCGGUUGUAUAGACAGUUACAUGUGGGGCGACUGAUGAGACGCAGGCGCAAAUUCCGUAGGGUCCUGGGAGCUAGCAAGAGAUGAGAAGCUGAGUCUGGCUUGGAAGCAAGGGAGACUGGGGUUCAGAACAGUUGGGAGCUGAACUUGUGUUUCCCUGAGCAAGAAGAAUGCCUGACUGGGCUUCUGUCUUGCAGUGCUUACCAUCACUGGUAUCCUGAUCCCAGCCAGUGGCCCAGCAAGAGGAUCCAAAGGGGAAGCGAUGGGUGGGUUGGGGCAGGCAGAGGGUUGUGUGGGUUGAGGGAUGGGUGAGCUGGAGUAGGGCCAGGUCUGAGCCCUGGGUGUAGUGGUUAUAGGCCUUAGGCAACUGCACGGCAGCAACCCCCACCUCCUCAGCCCCUGGGCUCAGCUCCUCCUGCUGCAGAGAACCCAGGACCACGGACCAGGAGCUCAGUUCUGUUGCAGGCACCCUGGAAUAGGAAGGGUAAGGCCCAGAAUGCUAAAUGCAAGCGGAGACAGUGACAACUUUGAAAAUAGCACAGGUAGGUGGAAGAUGAGUAGAUACCACUCCAUGCCUUUAAGCAUAGUCUUUCCCUUCUUUCAGUCUCAGCAUACUCAUUUGUAAAGCUUCUACCAUUAAAGGUUAAGAUUAACCUGG